AUGACACCGUUUAAUGUUGCUAAUGUAAUAAAUUUGUUAACAACAACUUUUCAUAUUGCAAGUAUAACACCGACACCUACAAUACCUUUGGAAAUCGAAGUCCAUGAUGAAAUUGUUAAUAUUCUAAACAAUUUUCAAAAUACUCAUUCGUUAUUAUUGGAACAUCAUUAUGAGCUUGAUUUUGAUGAUCCAUCAGAACCACAUGAACCACAAAUUGUAGAAUAUAUUCCAAAUGUAGAAGUAGAAGAAGAUAAUUUUGAACCUGAAGAAUGCAUUGUUGAUAAUUGUUGGAAUGCGUGGGAAAUAAAGUUAAUUAACCGUAGAACAGUGUCAAGUGACUGUGUCCCAGCUCAUACCCCGCGUUUCCUCGUGGGUCUCUACCCUUUAGGUGGACCGAUCCCCAAAUUUAUUCCUUGUUGCACCGAGAGGUACAACAGGAUCGUGCGAGGCUACAAGGUUAAAAAUUCUAGCGCUCUAGCGCCUCUUGCCCAGGCUACAAAUUCGGAAUCUACGUGGACGUCGGCCAAAUCGGGGCUAGGCGCAAGACUAUACCAAUAUAAGGAAGGUGACGAUAAGAAAUUCACGGUGGCAUACACAAGUCGAAGUCUCAAAAGCGCCGAAGUCAAUUAUACAACAACAGAAUUGAAAUGCCUGGCGCUAGUAUGGGCGGUAAAGAAGUGGCACACCCUAAGAUUGGGGCGUCAUUUUAAAGAAGCUGUUGAAAGAAGAUCUAUAAUUCAUGACAUAAAUUUAAGAUUUUGGGCUUUGGAGGCAAAAGAUCAAGUGGACCUACCCGAAUUCAAAGCAAGUAAUUGGUGGAUUUGGAAAUUUAAGAGAGUACACAGAAUUGUUUCCCGCAAGAUAACAACAUUCAGGACACAAUUAACACUACAAGAUAUUGACAACCUACAAGAUGUCGCAAAAUCAUUUGUUUCAAAUGUAAAGUCUAACAUCCCAGCUAUUGGAGUUGAAGAAAUUUAUAAUGCAGACGAGAGUGACUUCAAUCUUAAACUACAUUCUGGACGAACAUUGGCAAAUAUAGGACUGAAAAAAGUUGAAGCACUGGUUCAAUCGAUAUCUACAACACAUGGUUACAGUAUAAUGCCGAUUAUUUCAGCAGACGGACGUCUUCUUUCACCAUUGUAUAUAGUUUUGAAAGAAUCUACGGGAACAUUUGGACCACGGGUGCUAGAAACCCUAUUUCGUCCAGUUAACAUUUACAUCGAAGCUUCAAUAUCAGGAAAACUAACGUCUGAACAUUUCAAGACUUGGUUCAGCGAAGUCUAUCUACCGAAUACUGGCCGUAAAAGCAUGCUUCUACUCGAUUCGUGGACGGGACACUGCCCGGGCCAGCUAGAGCAGGUUUUCGAUGGUUUCCUGCUCUACCCUGUGCUGCUGCAGCAGCUACCGAGGUGCUACCGAGCACCAUCUCUUCUUAAUGAUAAACCCAGUCCUUUUUCGAACUUCCGAGCAGGACCCUAUUCGUCUCUCUCCCGGAAGGUGGCCAAUCCUCCAGGCUUAGACUUCAGGCAUCCUCACCUUCCUGGAAGCUGA